AUGCCAAACCAAAACAUCUGCGUCGCGUACAAGCGCGACACCAAGUACAUUGCGUACUGGAUCGUCAACACUUCAAAUGCGCUCAUCAAGACCCAUAAGCUCCUUGACGAUGAUGGCCAGCCCUUGCAGCCCAACACGACCGGCCAAGUGACCAUUCCUGGCAUUCUUGCAAUGGCAAAGCAAAUUGCAAAAGCCCGUCCCACGCCUUCUAUCGUCUUUCACCUGCUGCAAUCGGUCAUUGGCACUCGAUCUAGCCUCUUGAAGGUGCACCAGGAGGUGGCUUCCAGAAAUCCCAACACUGCCCUUAAGAACAGCAUCCCCUCGCACAAGUUGUUUGUCGACACACUCAGCGACGUCUUCAAGGUCUUGGGUGGUCAAGAUUGGCAGCCCAACUGGAAUGGAGAAGAUUUCCAUCCAAUUGACGACUCCGAUGCUCAGGGAAUCUUGUUCUCGUCACCAUACCUCCAUUCCGCAAUCGAAGCGACAUCCGACGGAGAAUCCGACGCGGAAUCCGAUGCUGGACCGUCAAAGACUCAAGCCACGUCCCGUCGGAAGCAGAAAAAGCAUGGAAAAGGCAAGAAGUCGAAAAAGGGCAAGAAGUCCACCAAACAGAGAGAGGCGACCGACACCACCGCGAACGAAGCGGCUGUUCAUGUUGAACUGGAGCAUUGCAACAUCGUGGGCGACGACAAUGCCAUGUUUGGAGACUACUUGAUGGCGGCGAAUGCAAUCGCUACCGAAUCGGCCAUGCUUCGAUGCUAUCUUCAAGAUGUCUGGCGAGCGGUCGCGUACGAGGACUACAACAGCGCUGUUGCCGCAGCGCAGUCGAACGUGGCUGUCUCGAUGAUUCGACAAGCCUCAGUCGCCCUAUUCACUGGCUUUUCCGGCGAAGAACCAUUCGCUUGGGUUUUCCACACUCUCAGGAGUAUGACCUUCAAGGAUUCUUCAUCCAGCGGGGUCGACAAGCACGAGUGGGAUGUCUGGAUGCGCACACGAGAGCCAGAUGGGGAAGACGACGGCAUGACCGGCGGCGAGGUCAUGGAUGUCACCGAGCAGCUCAUGGGCUAUGCUUUCAUGGAUCUGACCGACUUCAUCGACGAUUUUCGGAAGAAUCGCACCGGAAAGCCAACCAAAGCCAUGCAAUCAAAGCUUCGUGGCUGGGAUCCUUAUCUGGAUCUGGCUUCUGCCUCGCCCAACCAACGGCUCGAGUGGCGUCACGUUUACACGAUCAACUGGCUCUACGAUCUUGUCAAUCACUACACAGCGACAGCAAUGGCAAUCAUGAAGAAAGAGCAGAAUACGACUCCUCUACAAGACUUCGAUUGGUCUACGAGCGGGCCGUGUGGGAAGACGACGAGUCUAUUGGGCCUGACCGAGUUUGCGAGCUUCGUCACAAACCUUGCCAUGCAGAAGCCGGAUACAACCUUCGACGACAAGAUACUUCCCCACCACGUCUUCCAGCUUCAAUGCAUCAUCGACUCUUUUUCGGUCUCGCGCGGCUGGGCCAUCGAUGUCUUCCAGGGUCAUGUUCUUGAGCAUCCACCUGACUCGUUCAAGUCAACAAGGGACAUCGAGGUCUUCCUUCAUGGCGACAAGUCCCGCGGUCGUCCGGGCUUCGUCUCCGGAGCGGAGAACUUGAAGCAGGCGCUCGAGAAACGCUACGCAAGGCACAAUAAGUGCACGAAAUAUCAGACUGCGGCUCUAGUCAUCGACGCAUUGCGAGUUGACCUCACCUUUUGGCUCACUGCCACACCGAGAGUUGCAUCAGUUGUUCAACCGCACUCGCAGUUCUCGACUACCGAUUGCAAAGGGAUCAUGAAGUACUCCCCUUGGCUCUGCGGGGUGGGCCUGAUUGAUGCCCUCGACCUCACCUUCCGUAUGACCAUGUACAUCUGGGAGUUGAUUCCCGAGCCCACCUUGCUGCUGGUCCUGUACGCGCCCCUCGCUCGCCACAACGUUGCCAAGAAUGUAGAGUUCUUCAACAACGCGAGAACGCUCUUCCCUGACAUCUUUACCGCGGGAUGGGCAAUGAUACCGCAUCCGUCCGAGGCCGCCGCAAUCUACACCAUUACAUACGAGAAGGCGAGCAGCUCGUCUCGCAGAGAAACUGAGAAGAAUCUCGUGAAACCAAGGCGCUUCUUCAAGACCAAGUCACAGCUUCAGGUCUACGGUGACGCAGACUGGAACUUGGACUCAAUUGCUGAACAUGAGCUUGGGAUCGGAUCUCGCCUAUGGAGCCUUCACCUCAGCGAGACGAAGCACCACAUCGAUCCUGCAACUGGCAAAAGCAAGGUGGAGCAUACGAAGCUGGUGAAUCGCCUGAGGCAGUUUCUCGGAUUCGAUGACUUGGUCGAGGUUCAUAUCGCCAAUACUAAGAUGUUCGCCCGGUAUUUCAUUGAGACACGGAGCACUGGGGGAGGCGCCCAUCUGAGUUCUCGGGACGGGAACAUUCGACCCAUCUAUGCCUUGGAUCUCAAGAGUCGUCUGCUGAGCCAGCAAUGCGUUCCCAAGGCGGCGAUGGUCGAUCUCAUCCAGCUCGACAUCUACGACGACGUCUGCGGCUCUUGUCCUCAAUCUGGCCUUGACUACAUGGCAUUGACUCAUCAAUUCAUCUUGAUGUUUUCAUACGUCGAGGACAAGUUAUGUGAGAUGGGAAGCCCACUUUACCAUCAGAUGAGCGAGCGCACCCCCGGGUUUGGUGAUCGCAUGCAUUUCGUGGACCAAUUCUUGUCGGAGAACAGCAACCACCAAGACUGCGUAAAGGUUGUCAACGAGAUGUUCCAGAGGUCCGACAUCCGUCUCGACGAUUUCAGGAUCUGGAAGCAGCAUCACGAUGAAGGCGAGGUCACUGGAGAGCCCAAGAGAGCUGAACGGAGUCAGGAGUGUACCGUCAUGUGA